AUGGCUGUUAACGAACGUGAAAGUAUAAUAACUCGAUCGACUACAAAUGCACUGAAGGAGAUAGAUAUAUGUGGUAUCAUUCAAAAAGAAUUAUCGAAAUAUCUGCAGUCAGAUGAGCUGAUUUCUGAAAAGUCUAAUGACAAUGAGCAAUACUCUCGUCAUUCAAAUAUUAGAAUCUUCGGUCUGGAGAGUCACGACUCUUCAAGCGAAGCGGCCGAGGUUUGCACGAAAGUUGUUGUUGAUUUUUGUAAGGAUGAACUUGGCGUUGAUGUUAAAAAGGACGAGAUUGACAGAGCUCACAGUGUUGGCCGGCCUAAUGGUAAUAAAGCGAGGGCACUCAUUGUUAAAUUCAAAUCCCAUUUCUCGAAGAUCAAAGUUAUGAAAGCUAAAAGGCAGCUUAAAGGCAAACGAAUCUAUGUCAACGAGGAUUUAACAAAGCAUAAUUUAUGGCUCCUGAAGCAAACUAAGGAAGCGUGUAAAGGCAAGGGAUAUGUAUACACCGUUGACGGUAAUAUUUUUGUCAAGUCAAGGGACAGCGAUAAUCUGAUUAGACUUUGUAGACUUGUUGACCUUGAGCACCAUAAUUAUGAAGUUAGUUUCUAA